AUGGCGUGGCAACCACAAGAAGAUGGGUUGAAGCAACUUGCUGAGUACUUGAGGGACUCUUUGGGUGGGUUUGAUAGACCGCGACAAAAGCAAGCAGAGAUUAUGCUAUCAAAAGCUCGGUCAUCCCCAGACUUCGUGUACUACCUCACCUACAUAUUCAGCACGUCGCAAGUUGCGCAAUUAGGAUUCGGUGGCCCAAGCCUCUUUACGAUUCGAUAUUCUGCCGCUAUCAAUCUGAAAAAUCACAUCAAGCUCUCCUACCGGUCUGUCUCCAAGCAGGCGCUUUCAUACAUAAAAUCUUCGGUGGUGCAGGCGCUUCAAGACACAAACCCACAACUUCGUGGUUUCGCUGGCACCGUUAUCACAGAAGUCGUUCAGCAAGGUGGCAUAUUAGAGUGGCCUGAGAUUCUUACGGAUCUACUCUCUUUGGUCAACAACGACAGCCAAAAUGUGCCACUCGAAGCUCAAGAAGGCGCAAUGUCAGCCCUAGCAAAGCUGUGCGAGGACAACAAGAAGCUGCUGAACAGGGAAAUGCAGGGACAGCAGCCGCUGGCUGUCCUGAUUCCGAUGCUCUUGAAAUUCACCGGUCACACUGAUUCACGUAUCCGACGGUUUGCGCUUCAGACACUAAAUAUAUUCAUUCCACAGAAGCCGAAAGUUCUAAUCUCUAUGUUGGAUUCCUACCUAGCCAAGCUAUUCCAAUUAGCGAAUGAUCCCAGCGCGGAGGUUAGACGUAUUGUCUGUCAGAGCUUAGUCCAGCUGGUCGACACGAGACCUGAUCUGUUGGCUCCACACGUGGAAGGUCUUGUGGAAUACAUAUUGACACAGCAACAGAAUCGUAAUGAUCCAGACUUGGCCUUGGAUGCUGCAGGGUUCUGGCUCAAUAUUGGAGAACUUCGACAUUCUAUGGGCCCAUAUCUGUCGAGGGUAAUACCGGUCCUCCUUCAAGGGAUGAUCUACAGUGAAGAGGAUAUUGAACGACUGGCUGGAUUGAAUGAUGAUGCAGACGAAGAGGAUAAGGUUGAAGAUGUGAAACCACAAUUUGCACAGGCCAAAUCCUCACGAAUUGCCGUAGGCUCGGCCAAAAUCAAUCAUUCAGAGGCAUCCCAUGAUCUCAACGGGCAUACCACUAUAAAUGAAGCUGCAACAAUGGAUAGCGAUUCGCUAAGUGAAGGUGAGAUUGAGGACGAAGACGAUUACGAGGAUGAGGAAGGCGAUCCAGAGGAAGAAUGGAAUUUACGCAAAUGCUCCGCAGCCGCCCUCGAUGUCUUCGCUGUUGUUUUCCAGCAACCAGUCUUCGAGAUCAUCUUACCUUACCUUAAGGAAAAUCUGUCUCACCCGUUAUGGCCAAGGCGUGAAGCUGCUGUGCUAGCUCUCGGAGCAAUCGCCGAUGGCUGUAUGGACGUUGUCUCGCCUCACCUUCCAGAGCUUGUCCCCUUUCUUAUCUCUCUACUAGCAGACCCAGAACCAGUAGUACGGCAAAUUACGUGUUGGUGUCUUGGGCGCUAUUCGGAGUGGGGAUCUCACUUGCAAGAUCCUGUUGCUCGAUCGCAAUAUUUCGAACCUAUGAUGGAAGGGCUUCUCAAGCGCAUGCUGGACAAGUCGAAGCGGGUCCAAGAGGCCGCAGCUUCCGCUUUUGCAAGUCUAGAGGAGAAGUCUGGAGAUCGCCUGAAACCAUACACACAACCCAUUCUGCGGCAAUUUGUACAGUGCUUCAACAAAUACAAGGAUAAGAACAUAUACAUCUUGUAUGACUGUGUCCAAACCUUGGCUGAUGGUGUUGGGUCUGAAAUGGCGAAGCCACAUCUAGUGGAACUUCUGAUGCCUGUCCUAAUCGGAAGAUGGAAUAAGGUUUCUGAUCAAUCCAUGGAGAUGUUCCCACUACUGGGGUGUCUGGGAUAUGUUGCAGCUGCUUAUGGCGAUGCAUUCUCGCCUUUCGCACCUACCGUCUUCGUACGAUGCAACAAGAUCAUCUACAAGAAUCUGCAAGACUACAUGGCUGCUGUGAGUGGUCAGGCGGUUGACGAACCCGACAAGGACUUCAUUGUCACAAGCCUAGAUCUGUUGAGCUCUAUCAUCCAGGCCAUCGACUCAAACAAGAGUUCUGAAUUAGUCGCGAACUCCCAGCCGCAACUUUUCGAUCUCCUUGCCUUUUGCAUGGAGGAUCCAACAAAUGAUGUUAAACAGUCUGCCUUUGCGCUGCUAGGUGACUGUGCAAUCAACAUUUACUCUCAGCUGGAACCGCAGCUACCAAAGAUUAUGCCGCUUCUGAUUCGCCAGCUGGAUCUGGACCUGAUUCAAGACGCGAAUUCGGAGGCAGGCUUCAAUGUUCUCAACAAUGCUUGUUGGGCCUGCGGAGAGAUCGGGGUCAGAGCAACUUCCAGCAUGACGCCUUAUAUCGAACCGCUGUACCAAGGCUUAAUUACGAUAGUUUCUCAUGAAGACAUUCCAGACUCGGUAAAUGAAAAUGCGUCCAUGUCGUUGGGCAGACUGGGAAUAGCUUCUGCAGAGCAACUGGCGCCGCAUCUUCCAGAAUUCGCUGAGCCCUUCUUGAGGUCAAUGGCAAAUAUCGCUCCCACCCAGGAGAAAGCCAGCGCAUUUCUUGGCUUCAGCAGGGUUAUUGAGCGCAAUCCAAGGGCCAUGGAAAACAGUCUCGGCGAAUUUUUUACUGCCAUUGCAGCUUUCCCUAAGAAAGAGGCCUCGGGUCUGGGUUUUAGGGAAGUGAGGCAGUCAUUUGGCAAUCUCAUUCAAGGAUACAAAGAGAUCAUUCCGAACUUCGAAGCCUUCCUAUCACGUCUGGCUCCCGCAGUCCAGCAGAAGCUGCGAAAUACGUACGCGUUGUGA